UUUAAAACCAAAUAAUGAGCUUAAUAAAUUCAUUGAAGCAAUUAUAAGUUCUGAUUUGGAGCAGUUGUUCAAAAAUAAGCUGCUCCGACAUUGGAACAUCAAUACUGAUACUAUCUUACCUAUUGUGUUAGAUCAUUUUUCAUCUGAGUUCAAUCAACUUUGUAUAAUUAAUGAUAAAUAUAGAUUUAUUCUUCCUGAUAAUGCUAAAAUUUGA